CACAGGAAGUGCAAGAGCAAAGAGGAAACACAGAGUUGUCAUUAAUUUGGGGACAGUUACAAAGACAUGAAACCAGCGUUGAGAUCAGAAAAGGAAAAGGGACAAAGACGUAUGAGUAGCAUGGACAAGGUUUUCCUCAUUCUGAUUUUUGCAGGAGGAUUCUGGAAGACUGAAGCUAUAUCUGUAGAAGGAGAGCUGGGUGGAGACGUCACAAUUAAAUGCUCUCACACUAAUGCAAAAAACAAAGUUAAAUAUUUCUGCAAGGCGCCUUGUAGGGAUGAAGACGUCCUAAUAAGAAGCAACGGAAUUAGUACAGACAGAUACAGUAUCAAAGAUGAAGGAAACACGUUCUACGUGACCAUCUCUCGUCUGACAGAGGACGACACAGGAAAAUACAAGUGUGGAAUAGAGAAAUUUGGUUGGGACCCGUUAAAAGAAGUCGUCCUCACAGUCAUAAAGGGGAAAACAAAGGACCCUGAAGGUGACUUUUCACAAUCAACUAUAGGUGAAGCAUUUACUACAACUGCAGCACGUCCUUCAUUUACUACAACUGCAACACGUCCUGCAUUUACUACAAAUUCAUCACGUCCUGCACUUACUACAAAUGCAGCUCAUCCUAGCAAGCUGGUGUACAUCGGAGCAGGUCUCGGGGGGGCUGUGCUGUCUCUGGCGGUGGUGCUGCUGAUCUUCUUCAAAUAUCAAAAGAAAGAAAUCAGCAUCACCUCUGGAACGUACGAGAACACUGACUAUGCAUCGCCGUCCAGUCUGAGUGGAAACGGCCUUAACAGCAGGGACCAACCAGAUGACUUGUUUUACUCCACUGUCAACUUCAACACGCACGCAGACUGCAGAGGUGUCCCACAUCGCCCUGCAGAGGUCACAUACUCCACCAUCAGUUACAUCCCGACGGAGGAAUCAGACUUGUAUUGUAACCUCUAGACUCCGUUGUGAAUAUGUUCACAGUCAUGUGCAGUAGCAAUAUGUGCUGUAAAUACCCAACGUUUUCAGAGAUGUAUGUUGUAAGAAGGAGAAAAAACUAUUUAGAAAAGCUUUUUAA